UAUCCCCUAUAUCUCCCUAUAGGUCACCACCCCAUAGAGGAGCUCUGUUCAAUGCGCAGCCGCCUUUACCUCAACCUGGGCCUCAUUUACGACUCCCUGAACUCUGCCCGGCAACGCCAACGUUACCUCCAACUCAGCGUCCUAUUGGCCGAGAGAGCCGGCCUAUGGGAAGAUUUAUACCGAGCUCAUUAUAAUAUGGGACACGUCCAUUAUCGGGAUGGGCGCUAUGGGGCGGCCCUACGGUGUUGGGAUAAGGCCAAGGAGGCCAUAAAGGGACACGGGGAUAUAGGGGACAUGGAGAGCGACUGCCUCAGCAGUGCUGCCCAGGUCCACCUGACCCUUGGUGACUAUAGGGCCGCCAAACGAUCCUAUAGGGCGGCCUAUAGGUUGGGAUCCAGCGACCCCAAACAGCGACGGCUGCUGAGAUCCAACCUGCGCUAUGCGACGGAGAUGGUCCGGCUGCAGGCAGCGCUGGAGGCUGUGGGUGGGAUCCAAGAUGGCGGACAAGAUGGCGGCCAUGAUGGCGGAAAAGAUGGUGGCCAUGAUGGAAGUGACGGCGGCCAUGAUGGCAGUCAAGAUGGCGGCAAAGAUGGCGGACAUGAUGGCGGCCAUGUUGAAGGUGACGUCGGCCAUGAUGGCGGCCAUAUUAGACGUGAUGGCAGCCAUGAUGGCAGCCAUGUUGGAGGUGACGGCAGCCAUGACGGCGGCCAUGUUGGAGGUAACAGCAGCCAUGUUGGAUGUGACGUUGGCCAUGAUGGCGGCCAUGUUGGUGGCCAUGAUGGCAGCCAUGUUGGACGUGAUGUCAGCCAUGAUGUCAGCCAUGAUGUCGGACAUGUUGGAGGUGACGUCAGCCAUGAUGGCGGCCAUGUUGGAGGUGACGUCGGCCAUGAUGGCGGCCAUGUUGGAGUUGAUGGUGGCCAUGUUGGAGGUGACGUCAGCCAUGAUGGCGGCCAUCUUGGACGUGAUCACAGCCAUGAUGGCGGCCAUAUUGGAGGUGAUGGUGGCCAUGUUGGAGGUGAUGUCGGCCAUCAUGGCGGCCAUGUUGGAGGUGACAUCAGCCAUGAUGGUGGCCAUGUUGGAUGUGAUGGCGGCCAUGAUGGCGGCCAUGUUGGAGGUGACAGCGGCCAUGUUGGAGGUGACGGCGGCCAUGAUGGCAGCCAUGUUGUUGACCCGUCGCUGGCGAUGUCCCUGUGUGAGCAGCUGGGGGAUCUUUGUGCCAAACAUGGCGACUACAACCGUGCCCUGACGUACUACCAGCAACAGCUCCGCUACGCGGAAGCGCUUUCACUUCCGGGUCGGGCCGUGGCCGCCAUCCACGUGUCGUUGGGCGCCACCUGCUGCGACCUGCGGCGUCACGCAUGCGCGGUGCGGCACUUCCGGUCCGCGCUGCGACUGCAGGAAGGGGACGCCAAGGAGGCCGCAGACACGUGGUUCUCCCUCGCUCUGUCCCUAUUGGACGCCGGGGAUCCCGCUGGGGCUGAAGCCGCGUUCAACAGCGCCGCCCAGUGGGCGGAAACGGCAGCGCAGCCACAGGUCAAGCGCCGGGCCCUUCGUCACCUGCAGGCCCUCCAGAAGAGCCAUGGGGCCGAUAAUGGGGCCGGUUCUGGGGCCGAUAAUGGGGCCAGCAGUGAGGAGGAGGAAGAGGAGGAAGAGGAAGAUGAGGAUGAAGGGGGGGAGAGCAGCGAAGUGGAGCUGUCGGAGAGCGGUGAGACCCUAUAA